UCGAUUCAUCAGCCGGUAAAGAAAGAGCCACGAAGGGCGGGAGAGUACAGACAAGGGAGUGUUGUUGGUGAAUUACUCAYCWAAACCCGCUGAAGACUUUWAAAAUGUCUUCUUCACUGUCUGAUCAAAGCAGCCAAGAAAUUCUAGGACCACAUUUUACUAAUCUUAAGGUUAUUGGCACUGGUGGCAGUGGUGCGGUGUACUCGGCUAUAGAUACAAAGACGGACAAGCGAGUCGCUCUAAAGAGAGUCAUCCUACAYGACCAACUUGGUUGUAAGACUGCUCUACGACAAGUUACUGUAUAUAAGAGACUACAACAUGAAAAUAUAGUUCUAUUAGAAAAGGUGAUAGGUCCUGAUGGGCAGUCUUUACAGAGUUUWAUACCCGAAAAUGCUAAAGAGCUAAGUUAUAUCUACCUGGUACAGGAACUCGUCGAGGCUGACUUACAUACAAUACUACAAAGCAAUGGAACGCUAUCUGAGGACUAUGUGAAACUAUUGUUGUAUCAAUUACUGCGUGGACUCAAAUACGUGCAUUCUUCAAAUGUAAUUCAUAGAGAUAUUAAGCCUAGUAAUAUUUUAGUGGACCCAGAAACUUUGCUAUUGAAGAUAGGUGACUUUGGGCAAACCCGUGUUGUCGACCCGGACUAUGAWCAUCUUGGCUAUCUUACACAUUGCCCUUCAACAUUAUGGUACAAAGCACCUGAGGUWAUACUAAGUCCACAGAGUUACAGCAAUGCUGUUGAUAUGUGGGGAGUUGGUUGUGUUUUUGCCGAGAUGCUGCUGGGCAAACCCUURUUUGAGGGCCGACACGAUCUCGAACAACUUCAACUGAUUCUAGACAGUGUAGGACCUGCAGAAGAGACAAGAAUAGCCACUGAGGUGCCUGAUGAACUUAUYAAGUCAUUAUCUGAAAAUCCUAACUCUUCUCUAGCAAGCAAGUUUCCUGGACUGGAUUCUAAAGGUCUAGACUUACUUGAAAAAAUGCUGAAGUUUUCCCCUAAGAACCGYAUAACAGCAGAAGAAGCACUAGCACACCCUUACUUGCAAGAAUACUCCUACCCUUCUGACGAGCCUGUCUCAUUAUCGCCCUUGAACAUUGAAUAUGARGUUGAUGAYAUGUGCGAGGAGAUCCUCAAGGAUAUGCUAUUCAAUGAGUGUGUCUCUUGCGAGGACACCAAGGACUCCCCCGUCUUGCUGAGUGAUAACAGCAAGGAUGACUUCUAUCCAGAAAAUGAUAUCCUCUCUUUAAAAGACAUUAUGAACAGCGAAGAGGAACCAAUAUCCUCCUGCAACCGCUCAAUAAGUGACUCUGCGUCYGAUAUYAAUAUUAGCUCRUUUAAAUUCCACCCAGAGCUCCAAGACUCUGACCAGAUCUGUGAAUCUUCAAAUGAUAAUAUUUUCAGUGUGAUAUAUACUGGUAGCUGCUUCCUGGACAGGCAAGACCAAGUCAAAAAGUCCAUAUCUCCUGGUGAAAGUAUCAAUGAUGAAAAGACUGAGAGUGGUUUUCACUCCGAAAAGCACGACUCACUUGUAAACAGUAGUUCUUCCAAAGACAGUGUUCUUGAUGACUUUGGAAGCAGUCUUGAUCUUGAGAGACAGGAUUCAGGCCAAAAUUGUUCAAGCAAGGAAACUCUUCUCAAUGAACAAAGCAWGGACAAUGAGGCAAGCGAUAAAAAUUCUGAGAAAGAGGAUCCAAAAAAUGGAAUGUCCCAGCAGGAAGCUGGGAUAUCAAAAGUUGUAAUGGAGACAUUUCUUGGUAAAGACUAUCAACUUAAUUUAGGUUUUUCCUGUAAAAUGAACAAUGCAAUAACUGGUCCUUUUGGCUUGUGCUAUUUGUAGUACAAACCUAGUCCUUUUUUACAACUAGGAUUUUUUACGAAUUUUCUUUUCUCUUUUUUUUUAGUUCUACACUAUUAUUUAUGGAAAAUUUGUGUUUGUCUUUUUAAAUUAUUAUUAGAAAUUGAUUUUUUAAAUCCAUCAACAAACUUAGUUUGACGGUUUGGGUUGUAAUUUUCCAGAGAUUUAUAUAUUUAUAAAAAGAAAGCUUUUGAAAUUGCACACAUUGUUUUAUAGUAGCAUAGGUAAAUAUGAUUUCACAGACAAAACUCUGGAACUAGGGUUAAAUUAUUAAAAAAAUUCAAUGUUAUUUUUCAUGUUUUACAAAUCAAUUUGCCUGUAAAUAAUGCCCCAUUUGCUGCUUGUGAAUAUACAAAUCAAAUAUAUUUAUUAACAAACAUUUUUGCUGAAAAUAUGAAAAACAACAAUAAAUAUUCAUGACUUAAAAA